AUGGCUACCUCUCAUUUGAAUGUCCAACCUUCUUUCCAUGCUCGUUCUAACAGCUUGCCUUCAAGGAAACACCCCAUCACUUCACAAAUCGAUGAAAAUCUGAACCGACUAAGGGUAUCUCAGUCGGCCUCCACAUCGUCAUCAGUAGUACAUCAGCUCAACUGUCUUCAAGAUUUGUAUGACUCUGUUGAUAUGUUUCUUCAAUUGCCUCUCUCUCAACAAGCUCUAGCUCAAGAGGAGCAAAGGAAAUUGGUCGAACAACUUUUGGAUGGAUCUCUUAGGCUCCUGGAUGUAUGUGGAACUGCUAAAGAUGCCUUGUUGCAAACAAAGGAAUGCACACGAGAACUUCAAUCGAUUUUGCGUCGAAGACGUGGUGUCGAAGGGAUUGCUAACGAGAUUAGGAAAUACUUAACCUCUAGGAAGGCAGCAAGAAAGGAAAUCUGCCAAGGCCUUAAAGAACUUGAAGCAUAUGGAGAACAAACCUAG